ACCUGUCUAGAUAUCUCAUAUCACAUCAUGAAUCUCGGCUAAAAUGGUGUAUUUUUGACUUACUUACAUUCUUUCAUGUGCACAUUGCAGUUUAGAUGGAAAUUAGGUGCACUUUAAGAUAAUGAAAAAUACAUAUCAAAAUUUUAAAUAAAGUAUGUUAAAAAGCCAAAAACGAUGACUUGUUCUGAAUUGGAAUAAAUUAAAACAGUUGUUUUAAAAUUAAUUUCGAAAAAUAUAUAUAUAAAUAUUUAAAUUGGAUAAACAACGAAAAAAUAUGAAAGUUUAUAUAAGAUCUUUAUAUUUGACGUUAACGGCGUUGGCGGUGAUGAACGUUAGCGGGCAGAGAAUGACGGAGUCCAGUGAAGGUGCCGCAUCACUUGCGUUCGUGUUUGACAUUACGGGGUCAAUGUAUGAUGACCUGAGACAGGUUAUAGAGGGCGCUGCUAAAAUUCUGGCGACAACAUUAAGCAGACGAGAAAAACCGUUGUAUAAUUAUGUCCUCGUACCAUUCCAUGACCCAGAUGUGGGUCCAGUUGUUGUGACCACAGAUCCUGAUGAUUUCCAGCAUGAGUUACGGAACUUGUAUGUACAGGGAGGUGGGGAUUGUCCCGAGAUGAGUAUUACAGCAAUCAGGGAAGCUAUAGAUGUCUCUCUUCCCAACUCAUUUAUCUAUGUGUUCACUGAUGCAAGGUCAAAGGAUUUCUACCUUACUGAAGAAGUUUUAGCCAUGAUACAAAAGAAACAGAGCCAGGUUGUUUUUGUAUUGACGGGUGAUUGUGAUGAUCCUAAUCAUGACGGAUAUUUGGCCUAUGAACAGAUAGCUUCAACAAGCUCCGGUCAAGUUUUCUUGCUGAAAAAAUCACAAGUUAAUGAGGUAUUAAAUUUUGUACGAGUGGCUGUCCAGUCAAGAAAGGUGAACCUGAUGGCAGUUGAUAUAAUUGAACCGAACUCAAAUAAUUUUAGUAUACCAGUGGAUGCUAAAUUACAGGAAAUAACAAUAUCAGUGAGUGGCCAGAAACCGAAAAUUUACCUCACAGAUCCUUCAGGUAAUAAAUUUACGCCAAGGAAAGGCUUAAAAAGAUUACUAGACAUCAGAAAUGCUCUGGUUGUCAAUGUGAAGGACCCGCAGGCUGGUGUGUGGAAAAUGAACGUUGAGAGUGAAGGUCGCCAUACAAUACGUAUAACAGGGCUGAGUACAACGAACUUUGUAGCUGGAUUCUCACGUAAACCUGUCAAUCACAUUGAAGACUCCAAUCAUCGCCCUGUGGCUGACAUUAAUACUUACAUGCUUAUCAACACAAGUAAUGUGGAACCGUUACCAGAUUUCUCUCAGGUUCAGUUGGUAGAUUUGUUCGGUAACAGUUUAGGAGAUUACCCCUUAAUCAAGGAUGAGAACAGGCCAAAUAUUUACAGAGUUCCACCGUUUGUUCCACCCAAUGUCUUCUUCUAUGUUAAGAUAAGUGGUGUUGAUCACGAAGGUUACAGAAUUGAGCGUCAGACCCCGACUGCCAUCAUGCGUAUUGUUCCGGGUCCACCAGAGGUAUGGAUGCCGGAAGUUACGAAGGGAUAUUUUGGUUUAACAGCUGUGAUUGUUUGUGAAGUAAAGAGUCUGGUCCCGUACACUGUGCGAUGGUUCAAGGAGGAUGAACAGCAAGGACCUCAAUUAUACUUCACGGAAUCAGCCAAUGUCACACUAGAGAUACCAGCAGCCAAUCAGUUUGCCGAGGGCAUUUAUUUCUGUAAUGCUUCAGCUAAAAACACUGGUUCCAGACGUGUGCCUACAUUCCUUGAUAUUAGUGAACCUCCGCCAUCGAUCACAACACCCCAGAACGUGUCAGUGUUACCUAACGAGAAUGCUCUACUGACGUGUAACGUAUUCAGUAUGGUGAAAUAUAAUCUAACAUGGCAUAGAGACGGUUACAGGGACAGACUACGAUCUAGUCAGAAAUUCUAUGAUUAUAAUAACGGAUCAUUACUUAUAAGAAAUGUACAGUUAGACGACGAGGGAAGUUAUUUCUGUCGAGCUGCCAAUGAAGGUGGAGUCACGGAAAAAGCUGCAUACAUUAGAGUUCAAGUGCCUCCUAUUGCUGAAGUUAUUCCAGCAACGGCCAGCUUUGCUUUUGGUGAAACUAGAGACAUCGAAUGUAUAGCUAAAGGAUUUCCAGAACCAAAAAUAAACUGGUUAAGAGCUAAUCAAUUAAUGAUCGCUAACGAGAAAGUUCGUGUUGCCGGGAACAAGUUGAGUAUAUUUAAUAUGCAGCAAGGUGACGAGGGUGAAUAUACGUGUGUAGCGACUAACCCAGCUGGAGAGAAUAGGGCAGUUGCAACGCUCAACUUUGUAGAGAGCCCUGUUAUAACCCAGUAUGACAGUAAAGUUUUGGUUGCCGACGGUGAUGAAGCUGUAUUAUCAUGUAAAGCUGUGGGUAUACCUGCACCACAGAUAAACUGGUAUAAAGGUGAUAGACAGCUGAGAGCAUUAUCAUACGUGAAGAUCGGUACAAAUGGAAAGCUGACGAUAUUAGGCACACAAGAACAAGAUGGAGGAGAAUAUAAAUGUGAAGCUGUGAACGAGGCCGGCAGUGAUUCUGCAACUGUAUUCCUAGAAGUUGGCUCGGGACCAAAGAUAAUAGAAGCUCCGGAGAACACGGGAGAAGAUAUUGAAGGUAACGCUACCCUGAGAUGUCGGGCAACAGGUUCACCGUUACCUAAAGUAUUCUGGAAAAGACAAGAUGGUAGACCGCUUGAUUCAAACAAAAUAAAACAAAUGGCUAGAGGAGAUCUGUUCAUUACAGAUUUAAGGAAGGCUGAUGAGGGAAGUUAUGUGUGUGUUGCCCAGAACCAGUUUGGAACAGUAUCAUCAUCUGCCUAUCUUACUGUUACCGGAAUAGUACCACCACUGAUUGGCUACAUGGACCCUGUGAUACAGGUCACUACAGGAGAUUCAGUUGAAUUAAACUGCCAGGUAUUACUUGGAAAUCCUAAACCAAAAGUCAACUGGUUAUAUGAAGGUCAGACAAUAACAACUGAUGAAUUUACCACAAAAUCUGGUGAUGGCAAUGUUAACAUUGAUGAUGUUCAGGCAUUCCAUAGUGGAGACUACCUGUGUCUAGCUUCUAAUGUUGGUGGCAAUGCUUCCUUCCUAGUGAGGGUUGAAGUUCAAGUUCCGCCAAUAUUUGGGUUUGACUCGCCGGAAGAUAACAUAACAGAUUUUAGAAUUAACCAAGGUGAUACUGUAGUUCUUCCUUGUAAUGUACAGGGAGAUCCAACACCUUUGAUAACAUGGUUCAAGGAUGAAAGUCCCAUUUCACUGACAGACUAUCAUUACUAUAUAAGAGAAGAUGGGAGUUUAGAGAUUUUCUCGGCCGAGGCCACUGAUACUGGUGAAUAUAGAUGCCAGGCCACUAAUAUAGCUGGAGAUAUAGAAAAGGUUGUGGACCUUUUUGUUCAGGUGAAACCAACAAUAGCUGGAGAGCCUAAUGAAAGAUUGACUGUGACAGAGAACGAGACAGUUGUAUUGCCAUGUGUCGGUAGUGGUGUACCAACACCUGAAAUCACAUGGAGGAAAAACUUUGUACCGUUUAAUCCUACAUCAGAAAAGUACCUGUUUGGAGAUUAUGGGUUGACCAUUUUAAACUCAAAGAUUGAGGAUAAAGCUAUCUAUGAGUGUAUUGUUACCAAUGUGGCAGGAUCUGAGACCAAAGUUAUUACCCUUGUUGUACAGA